AACAGUGCUGCGAGUUAGAUAUUUUGACGUAAUCCUUGUACUUAACUUGCAAGGAUCUGUUAAAAAAUACUCGAAAUAAAAGCUCAAGAGAGUAGCACACGAGCAUUAACAAAACGAUACUGGUUUCAUUUAAUAAUCCUUAAACUGAUCAGUGUUCGAAUCUACUAAAAAAAUCAAUUUUAUUUAAGGUGUCUUACAUAUGGUCGUAGCUAAUUAGAUAUAUAUAGAGGAUACAAAUAUUGCGGCGAUUACAUCCGUUCUUUUCUGAUAAUAUAUUCAGUUAUCAUGUCCAAUCAAUUGGUCAGUGUUAAAGAACACGCUGGCAAACCGUCGAACAAUAUCAUUUUCAGUGAUAUUGAAAAAUAUGGCGAUGAUCUGAAUGGAGCGACCCUGAACGCCCUAAAUUUGAGUGGUGAUUCUUGCAGAAUAUGCCACUGUGAAGGUGAUGUGAACGCUUUGAUAUCACCAUGCAAGUGCACUGGAAGCUUGAAAUUUGUCCAUACUGCUUGUCUGCAGCAAUGGCUUACAACCUCCAAAUCGAGAUCUUGUGAGCUUUGCAAAUUUCGCUUCCCUCAUUUAAAGAGUCAAGCCAUUAGACGAUUGAGGAACCACGAAAUAAGCAUUUGGUUGCAUUUCAUUAUCUGCUUGCACAUUUUGUUAGGCGGCUGUGUCGUCACGUCCAUUUUUGUAAUUUCAGUUCAUGAAUUUAACAGAGAUCAUGGAGGUUUUGAUGCUAUACCAUUUUGGAUUCAAAUAAUCACCAUAUCAUCAGGAUUCUGGUUCAGUGCAUAUAUGCUCUGGUAUCAAUACAAAUGUCAGUGCAAUUGUUUCAACCAGCAAGAUGUCGAAAAUAACGGAAUGAACUAUAUGUACAAUGCACCUAUGAAUUUGGUACCAGUUAGAGGAGGUCAUCCUUCCGGACCCAAGAUAAUUGAAAUUCUUGAUAACAAUGUCGAAGGUAAUAGACGUCAACCGGGCCUCAUUCCUGAUGGUCGUCGCAAUGUAAACAAAUUAGUAAUUUGCCACGUAUACGUAAAUCAGAAAUCCAACAUUAUUUAUAAAUAUUAAACUGCUGAAGUAUGUGUAAAUGUACUUGCAUUCAGUAUUUUAGUUUUAAUCGGUGUAUAUUUAUGAAAAUAUUUGUAAAUCUGUGUAGAAUAUAUGUAUAAAUAAUGAGUUUAAGUUUAAACUAUAAGCGCACUUUGUGUAUCUCGAAUU